UUCGCCAUUUUGUACUGCUGCGCCGGGUAUUUAUCAGAAGAGUCGUGACUAUCCCGUUAACACUGCUAGUUAGGUGUUGAGACGGUUCCUGCUAUACUCGGUUUCUCGUUUCAAGCCUGUGGCCUUCGUUAGGUUUCGCGAAGUGCGAUUUUAAGAGUCGACAUUCCUAAUUAAUUUUGUAUAUUUAGAUUAUUUUUAUAUUGUGUGAGAAAGAAUGUCGGCCGAAGCUCCUGAAUACUCUCCGUUCUUCGCAGUGAUGGGUGCCUCUGCGGCUAUGGUGUUUAGCGCCUUGGGAGCAGCCUAUGGCACAGCCAAGAGCGGCACAGGGAUAGCCGCCAUGUCCGUGAUGAGGCCGGAGCUCAUCAUGAAGUCCAUCAUCCCAGUGGUCAUGGCGGGUAUCAUAGCCAUCUACGGCCUGGUAGUAGCAGUGCUGAUUGCCAACAACAUCUCAGAGAAGGUCACCCUCUACAAGAGUUUCCUCCAUCUGGGAGCUGGGCUGAGCGUGGGCCUCAGUGGGCUGGCAGCAGGCUUCGCUAUUGGCAUUGUGGGCGACGCAGGCGUGAGGGGCACAGCUCAACAGCCGAGGCUUUUUGUGGGCAUGAUCCUCAUCUUGAUUUUCGCUGAGGUCCUGGGUCUCUACGGGCUUAUUGUUGCCCUCAUUCUCUCCACGAAAUAAACACCCAAGCAUCUUCAAGAUCUGUCCUUUAUGUUGCUGCUGGAGAAAAAGUGUAAAAAUGUCUGCCACUCAAGAUGAAAGGAGGCGGGGGAAAAAAUGAAUUAAAAAUGGCUCCAUAAAUAUGGUCUUAUCUCAACAAUGUGUACAGUUGUCCCAAUUUGAUAGUCAACUUGUAAAUGCGCAAUGUAGUGAUUUUGUCUGUCUUGUGCGUGUGUAUGUGUGUGUGUGUGUUCCAAAAUUGUAUGAUGCAGACUCCUUUUUUUUCCCUCCACUUAUUUCAGGCCUUGAGGCCAGCUGAGGCAGCUUGGCCUCCGGUCUUAGAGAGCUGACCAAAGGGCCGCACAGCUUUUUCUCCUCCUAUAUCGACUUGGGAGUUGACACAAUUUCUGCAUUAAUCUUGAGGAUCUAUUUGUAAAGAGAUAUGUAUAUGGACUUACGAUUUUUUUCAACUGAUUUUAUUUAUAAGAAAAUUGUUCAUUGAAUUGUUUAAUGCAGCAAAAGUCUUUAAUUCCCCAGGUUAUAUUAUACAUACAUACAGAUAUAUAUAUAUCUACAUAGAUUGAGUUGAUGCACUGUGGGUUAAUUGUGAUAAGUGGUUGGAAUUCCUCUGGAUGUAAUUCUUGGUUUAAAAGUAAGAUUGCCUUUAGUAUGUUGCUGGUGAAGUGGGAGUUUUGUGUGUAGCUGUAUUCUAAUCAUUAAGCAAACAUUCUCAAACUUCAGUGUUUUUCCUGUAGUACUGUUGUUUGCAUUAAAGGUGUGUGUGUGCCCCGUAUUGGGUCUCACAAGUGUAAUUUCCAAA